AUGGAUUUCUCUCCGAUCAACUGUCUCAUUUUCGAUUUGGAUGAUACAUUAUACCCUCUCAAAACCGGAAUAGCGCCAGCUGUCAAGAAAAACAUCGACGAUUUUCUAGUGGAGAAAUUUGGAUUCUCAGAAAGUAAAGCUUCAAGUCUAAGAGUUGAACUCUUCAAGACUUAUGGAAGUACUCUCGCUGGUCUCAGGGCAUUAGGUCAUGAUGUUAAUCCUGAUGAAUAUCACAGUAUCGUGCACGGAAGAUUACCGUACGGUUCCAUCGAACCAAAUACUAAAUUACAAAAUCUUCUUAACAAAAUCAAACAGAGAAAAAUUAUUUUUACGAAUUCAGACAGGAAUCAUGCAAUGAAGGUUCUAGAGAAAUUAGGUUUAGAAGAUUGUUUCGAAGAAAUGAUUUGUUUCGAGACGAUGAAUCCGAAUCUAUUCGGGUCAACCACCCGACCCGAUGAAUACCCGGUCGUUCUCAAACCUUCGUUGACCGCAAUGGACAUUUGCAUUCGUGUGGCCAACGUUGACCCUCGCCGAACCGUAUUUUUGGAUGAUAAUAUCCAUAAUAUUACCGCGGGAAAAGCUGUCGGGCUUCGUACAAUCCUGGUGGGGAGAUCGGAGAAGACGAAAGAGUCGGAUUACGCUGUAGAGACUGUAACGGAGAUAGCUACGGCGGUGCCGGAGAUUUGGACGACGGUGAAGAAUGGAUUUGAUAUCGGAGGUGAGAGGAUCAGAAGGAGCAAGAGUGAGCUGGAGGGUAUGGCUUCGAUCACAGCCGUUGGUGCGUGA